CUGGGAGCUCGAUUGCAACGGACGCGUGACGCGAGCUUUGCCAUCGUCGGUAAAAUAUUUACGUGAAAACUUUUACGGAAAUUCUGUUUCAAUUUAUUUUGUGUAUGCGUACACAAAAAACAUUCGUAAGCAUUUGACAUUUAUUUAUUGAAAGUGGACUGAAGGUGACUGUGUUUAUUUUGAGUGUAUUUUUCUUUUUUUUUUACUUUUUAAAGUAUUGAGGUAAAAUCGUAUGUGAAACCUUACAGAGUGCCUGCAUAAAUAUUAUUAGCAUCUAAACAAUAUUAUGUUAAGUGCACAGAAGUCGACAAGAGAAAAAGUGCUGGACAAAAAAGUGACAGUGAAUAUGUGUUUAAAAAGAUAAAAUCGCAACAAAUAAUUAGGAUGUGACGCCAUGUUGGAAUGCGUGCGUCGCGCAAGCCCAGUGGUGCGCGCGUCGACGAUAGCUGGACAACAUUUCUUUAUCAACACGAAGAUCGUCUUUUUACUGGUGCCCUUCAUUUUACUUCUGUCUGUGAGGAACAGCGCGUCGGGCGGAGUGUCUCUGGGCGCUCACCUAGUGUGCGCGCGCGUGGCCGGCCUCACCGACAAGCAGCGCGCCAUGUGCCGCGCCUCGCCCGCCGCCAUCGCCGCUGUGGGCGACGGACUGAGAAUGGCGUACACAGAGUGUCGGUCUCAGCUGGGCGGCUACCGGUGGAACUGCACCGGCAUCGGAGACGGGAACGACUUCGGACAUGUCAUGCCUUUAGCGACCCGGGAAGCAGCGUUCACGUACGCGAUAACAUCGGCCGGAGUCACUCACGCGCUGAGCACGGCGUGCGCGCGCGGCGACCUGCCCGCUUGUGGCUGCUCCUCCAACAGACGGCGGUCUCCAAGUCCUACGGAGCAGUUCCAGUGGGGCGGGUGCGGGGAGGCGGCCUACGGCGCGCGGUUCGCGAGACGCUUCCUGGACUCGCGGGAGAUGGAGGCAGAUGCCCGCAGCCUCAUGAACCUGCAUAACAACCGCGUCGGCAGGAAGGUGAGCGAGAUGGUAAAAGACUUAGUGCGACGAGAGUGCAAGUGUCACGGCGUGUCGGGCUCCUGCGCCUUGCGAACUUGCUGGCGCGCGCUCCCGCCCUUCCGCGCGGUGGGCGCCGCCCUACGCGACAAGUACCACCGAGCGAGGCUCGUCGCGCCGCACCCGCCGCCGGCCACGCACGCGCCACAGACACAUCUCGUCAUACGCAGGUCAAGACAAAACGCUGGUGUGGGCAGGCAACCCCGCAAGUCUGAGCUAGUGUUCCUGGACCCGUCGCCGUCGUACUGUGAGCCUGAUCCUGUGUCUGGCUCCAUGGGCACGCAUGGGCGACAUUGCAACAGAACCUCAAGGGGAGAGGAAGGCUGUGAAACUCUUUGCUGUGGUCGCGGCUACAAUACUGUGCGGACCGAAGAAGAAACAAAAUGUAAUUGCCGUUUCCAUUGGUGUUGCCGUGUUUCGUGCGAUAAGUGCAUCACUCGUACAGAGUUACACGUUUGUAAGUGAGCGCCAUCUAGCGACGAGUAGCGGAACUAUAAAAAAGUGGCUCUGAGAAGUUAAAAAGUUGAGAACAUGUAAUAUUAAUAACAUUUUAAAAUAUUUAAAAAAAUAUUGUAACUGUUCAUAAUUUUAACUGAAAAAUAAAACUUUUAACCUAAAAUUACAUUAUGAAAAUCUGUGAAUUAAUAUGAUAUAAAAGUUCUACUCUAUGAUACAAUUUUUAGUUUAAGUAUUAAUUUUUAAUAGUUAUGUACUUAAUAUGACAUUUUGUAUAUAAAGCACCAGUAUUUUAUAAUUUACAUAUAAUAAUAUAAGCAAGCAUUUAACAUAAGACUCGGCGGCUUUAAAAUUAUUAUACUUUUAAGAUUAUUAUUUUCUUACAUAUCAAUAUUCUGAUGAUCAUUGAUCUGACUUACUUAUGCUUUGUACAAUUCCAGUUUAUAAUAUCUAAAAUGCAAACAGAUAAAUCGAAAUAAUAUCAUUGUUUAAUUGUAAAUUUGGUAACUAUUUUGUAUAAAUACCUACAUUAUUGUAGCAACAUUAUUCUCAUUUUAUAUAAGUGUAAACAAUUUAUAUAUGUCACAAUUAUUUGUAAUCCACAUCCAUGAACGAGUGGCGCAUUAAAUAUGUAUAAUAUUUUACUACUUUUCACACACGACAGUACCUAUGUAAAAUAGUAUAUAACUUUAGUUAGGUUAUUAGUUUACGGUCACAAGUUUAAAAUAGGUUUGAGUAACUUUGAAAAUUAUUAAUACCUAGCUCGGCAAUAAAUGUAUUUUCAAAGAAGAUUCUUCGCAUAAUAAAAAAGGAAUAAAAUCCCAUCUGCAAUUCACAUGCAUAGUAACUCAAUUGCAAACAGCAAAGUCAACAACUUUGUAUGUACUUACUCAUUUGAUAGUGAUAAUAAUAUUAAAGUAUACUUAUAUUAUAAGAAACUACAAUUAAUGCAUUCCUUUUAGUGUUUAAGUCCUAACUUAUUCAUAUCACAUUACGAUUUUAAAUAAACCUUUUUACGUGCAUAA